GGGAUACGAUGUGCCGGUGUAGAUGUCGACAGCGUUGUCAGUCUUAUAAGAAGGCAGCAUGUGCAAACCCCAUGUCACGCAAUUCCAUAAUUUCUCUCUUUAUCAGCCUGUUGCUUCCUACUGGAAUACGUGCCAACUGGAUGUUUCUUGGAGUAUCAUCACUGAGUACCCUGCAUGGAGACACUUGCAAUGAAGUACCUGGAUUAGUGUGGAGGCAAAUAGAAGUAUGUCGUAACAAUCCUCAGACACUCUAUUGCAUCAGUGAAGGUGCUAGGAAAGGAAUUAUGGAGUGCAAAGCACAGUUUCGUUAUGAACGUUGGAACUGUACAACCCAACGGAAUCUUUCGGUGUUUGGACAAACUUUAACUAAAGGAAGCAAAGAAACAGCUUUCAUUUAUGCUAUUUUGAGCGCUGGCGUUGUACACGCCGUAACCCAGUCCUGUAGUGCUGGCAAUUUAACUGACUGUAGUUGUGACAUGAACCGAUAUGGCGAAAAGGAUGGUGAGGGCUGGGAAUGGGGAGGAUGCAGCGACAAUAUUCAUUACGGCACCUGGUUCUGUAAGAUGUUUGUGGACGCGCCCGAUGCAAAUUCCAAACGUGACACACGUAACCUCAUGAAUAUUCACAAUAAUGAAGUCGGCAGAAGGGUUGUUGAAAAGGAAAUGAAAAUGCAAUGCCGCUGUCAUGGAGUGUCAGGAUCAUGUGCGGUGAAGACUUGUUGGCGAAGUCUUCCAAUGUUCCACAAAAUCGGAGCACAUCUCAAGAAAUUAUAUGAAACUGCCGUGAUCGUUGUGUCCCGUUCACGGAAAAAAUUACGACGACGUGACAAAACUAAGCGUCACUUGCCUAUUCCCAAAGACAAACUUGUGCAUAUGCACCGUUCUAGAAAUUACUGUCGAACCGAUCCGAGCCGUGGUAUAACAGGCACAAGAGGACGCCUAUGCAACAAGACACUCGACGGUCCCGGAAGUUGUAGUCUUCUUUGUUGUGGUCGUGGUUACAAUACGCAAGUAGUACGAUACGUAAAUCGAUGUCACUGUAAAUUCCAUUGGUGUUGCUUUGUCACGUGCAAAUCAUGUGAAAGUAUGGUAGAUGUGCAUACGUGCAAGUAAUGAGGCAUAAUAUAUUGAAGACAACAACAGAUUGAGAAAUUAUAAUGACAAUUGUUAUCAUAAUUGUAACGCUUUUGUUUACAUCCACAAAAGCUCAGACAUUUCUUGGAGAGAGGUAUUAUAGAUACAGUCAAUUCUAGUAUGUAAUUGUUACAUAUUUUAAUUUAAAAACAUUUCUUAGAUAAAAGCACGCACACAUACA